CACACACACACACGUGCACGCCCUUGCGUGGACCUGCCGCCCUACCCUCGUUCGCUGGGCGCGCGCGCGCGCGCACACACACACACACACACACACACACACACACACACACACACAUGCAGAUCUGCGCUCGUUCCAAGCCCCUAGCCGAGGCCGAGAGCUGUGCAGCAGCUCCUCGCCGGGCGGGGACCCGGGCGGGCGGGGGCGGCAGUGACAGAGGAGGAGGCGGAGCGGAGCCGGAGCUGGCUGGCCCGCGCUCCUCCUGGCGGCCGGGGAUUUUCCAGCUUGGGUGCAGACGCCGCGGACCUCCCUGCGGCUGCCGCGGACCAUGGGCGACAAAGGGACACGAGUGUUCAAGAAGGCUAGCCCCAAUGGAAAGCUCACUGUCUACCUGGGAAAGCGGGACUUUGUGGACCACAUUGACCUUGUGGACCCUGUUGAUGGUGUCGUCCUGGUGGAUCCCGAGUAUCUCAAAGAGAGGCGAGGCCCCUCCUCAGUGCCCCUGCUCCUCACAGUCUAUGUGACGUUGACCUGCGCCUUCCGCUAUGGCCGGGAAGACCUGGAUGUCUUGGGCCUAACCUUUCGCAAGGACCUGUUCGUGGCCAAUGUGCAGUCCUUCCCACCAACCCCAGAGGACAAGAAACCACUGACACGGCUACAGGAGCGGCUCAUCAAGAAGCUGGGCGAGCAUGCCUACCCCUUCACCUUUGAGAUCCCUCCAAACCUCCCAUGCUCUGUGACGUUGCAGCCAGGACCUGAAGACACAGGGAAGGCCUGUGGUGUGGACUACGAGGUCAAAGCCUUCUGUGCCGAGAACCUGGAAGAGAAGAUCCACAAAAGGAAUUCUGUGCGGCUUGUCAUCCGGAAGGUUCAAUAUGCCCCAGAGAGGCCUGGCCCCCAGCCCACAGCUGAGACCACCAGACAGUUCCUCAUGUCGGACAAGCCCCUGCACUUAGAGGCAUCUCUGGAUAAGGAGAUCUAUUACCACGGAGAACCCAUCAGCGUUAAUGUUCAUGUCACCAAUAACACCAACAAGACUGUGAAGAAGAUCAAGAUCUCGGUGCGCCAGUAUGCCGACAUCUGCCUCUUCAACACAGCUCAGUACAAGUGCCCUGUGGCCAUGGAAGAGGCUGAUGACACAGUUGCACCCAGCUCAACAUUCUGCAAAGUCUACACAUUGACUCCUUUCCUGGCCAACAACAGAGAGAAGCGAGGCCUUGCUCUGGACGGGAAGCUCAAGCAUGAAGACACGAACCUGGCCUCCAGCACCCUGUUGAGGGAAGGAGCCAAUCGUGAGAUCCUGGGCAUCAUUGUUUCCUACAAAGUGAAAGUGAAGCUGGUGGUGUCUCGGGGCGGCCUGUUGGGAGAUCUUGCAUCCAGUGACGUGGCUGUGGAACUUCCCUUUACCUUAAUGCACCCCAAGCCUAAAGAGGAGCCACCACAUCGGGAAGUUCCAGAGAACGAGACUCCAGUAGACACCAAUCUCAUAGAGCUUGACACCAAUGAUGACGACAUUGUGUUUGAGGACUUUGCCCGUCAGAGGCUGAAAGGCAUGAAGGAUGACAAGGAUGAAGAGGAGGAUGGCACCGGCUCGCCACACCUCAACAACAGAUAGACUGGGGCCAGCCCUCCCCCGGCAGCUCCAGGUCCACUCUUGCACUCGGAUGCUUUCUUGUCUUCUUCCUGUUCUGGUUUCCCCUUCCUUUUGUUCUUCCAGUUUCUACCAGGGGACCCCAGUGGUCUUCCAAGUCUCGGUGAUGAACCUCUGGCCUCAGGACUGGCCCUGCAUCACCAUGCCAACAGGACCACAGCACACACCUUAACCCCUCUCCCUGUGGUCACCUGUGCACCCCCCUUUCUAUGCUCACUCCAAGAAAGGCCAAAUGGCCUGUUCUUGGGGUUUGGCUUGAGGUGGGGAGCAGAAAGGGGAAGGGGAAGCAGGAGGGCCACAGUGAUGGUGGGUAGGAGGACAUAGAUAGAUGGGCAUGAAGGCUCAAGACACAUGACAAAAUCUCUGCAGUUCCAGGAGGUGAUACAGUUCUGGCAGCUAAAAGAUGACCAUACUGAAGGCUGCUGUCUUCUGGCUGGAAAGGCAGCGCUAUGCACAGAUUCUCAAUGCCUUUUUGUGGUUCAGCCCCACCAGAGACUUUUCCCCUGCCACCCUCAUCUUUGGUCCUCGUCCCUGCAUUUCAUAGUGGUAUUGGUGAAGGCACAUAGACCCCAGGAGUGGAGGAGAACAACAGACUGACUUUCUUACCAGCAGAUACCUAGAUUGAGGCAGUCUGCAUGAAUCAGCCAUGCACAAGUCAGUACCGUCAGGAUGUGACAGUACUUCGCUUUGUUGCAUUUGGGGACAGAGAAGGGAAGAGGAUCUUUAACAAACACCAGCCCCUAGCAGAGUGAGACAAAGCUCCUCAGAUUUUCUGAGGGGGCUUUAAGAGAUGGGGACGGAGCAGGAGGAUGAGCAUCCGUCCUUCUCUUCCCUGAUAGAGAGCCCUGCAGAAAUUAAGGGUGGAGGGCCAGAGGCAGCUGGAGCCACUGGUAUCCCCCAGCUUUCCCCUGUCCUCCAGCACUAAGCCAAGUUGACUUUAUAGGCUGGGAGAGAGUGCCUGAGGCACCCCCACCCCCUUCCCACUUUUAAGAGGCCCCUUCCUCAGAAGGUGGCAGGCUCCAUGGGAAUGCACUCCUCCAGAGGGAAGGGGGCUUCUUGCCUUGGGGAGUUGACUCCAUUAGUUUCCAGGGUCAUGAGUACUCAGUACCCAUUAGCUGGUGUUAGUAUGGCUGGACUGGAGUGUCUUCCAGGGAAAUAGGACAGACAAGUGUUAAAGCAGAAAAUGUUCAAAGGUAUCCUCAUCUGGUCUUUGAUGCUAACUUGUGUGACCAUGGGCAGAUUCCUUUCCCUCUUUGGGCCUCAGUUGCUCACUGAAAAACCACAGAGUAUGACCAGAUGAUCCCAAAGGGUUAACAGCUUGGCUUCUGGGAACUCAUGGACCUCAGAGCUUCUGGCCUGCCAGGUGGAACCAGGGCUUCCAUCUGCUCCAUCUACCUUCAGAGGAGAUUUGUGGAACCUCAGAAGGUGCAGGGCUGGGCAGAGCAUCAAGUUCAUUCUUCUGCCUUGGAAUGGCCACCCUUGGGCUCUUGGGUCUGAGGUCAAUCUGUGGCCAUGAUCUUCUCUGUCCUGAGCCUGGAUAUUACAGGUUGAGUUGGAGCUUAUAUUUGCUGAGGCUUGAAUGGGAAAUAUGUUGUCACCCUUGGGUUUACCUGAAUAUAUUGAUUGGCAAGGCAAAGGGAUCUCACCUCGAUUUCUGCUCCUUCUAUCUUGGUUCCAUACUUGCCUGAGACAGGAGACCACAACUUUUGUUUGUUUUUGAGACAGAGUCUCAUGUAGUCCAGGCUAGUCAUGAACUCACUGUGUAGCCCAGGAUGACCUUGAAUUCCUGAUCCUUCUGUUUCUACCUGCCAAGUGCUAGGAUUACAGGUAUGCACCACCACUCCUGGCUUCACACUUUAUUAAACAAGUUGAAUCCCAACCAUUUCAGCUCGGCACUUCCAGGGAAUACAACCAUUUCCCACGGUGAAAUGGUUCAGUUCCAGCCUGGCCCUGCUACUUUGUAAAUGUCACCGUCAACUCGAGGUACUUCUUUCCAGAUCAGAGCAGUCAGCUUGGGGCAGUCACACUCCCUGGCCAGUCCUGGCAUCCUUCCGUACUGUAGACUGCUUUAGCAUCCAUUCCUUGCCAGAGCUGACUGGGUGCUUUGUAGCUGUAGAACUGAUGAAAAUGUUGGACAGCACAAGGCAAGCUUAUGCCUUCCAGUGGCUUCCUCUGAAACCUUUGGGGCUGAUGCAAGACCCUUUAGCACUGGGGUAACACCCCACUGCAAACCUUGUCUCCCAUCCUUAACUUAUGUAAGCAAAGGAUCUCCCAGGCUGGUUUUUGGAACUUUCUGCUCCUCAGCAGUUCCAGUCACCCUUUGGGUUUAUACCAAAGUUAACUGAAAUUUCUCCAGCUUCAGGGAAGCACUGGAGCCCUGGCUCUCUUUUUGCUCUUAGAGGGCCAUGGUCAAGUUUAUUGGAUUCCAGACAAAGCAUUCUUUGCUGACAGCUUUGCUGCUUUAUGCUGGGUCCUAGCAACACCGAGAUGAGUCUGUCCCUAGAACCCCUAGUGAGGGGAAAGUUAGAGGAGAGUGAUGAAGCCUGUUUGGCUGCUCUUGGUCCAUAUAGUGCCUUGAUGUGAAUUCAAACACCGCACCUCUUCCAGGUGGAUUCAAACAUAUGCUGGAAUACACAGCAGUGGGAGGCUGGAUUUUGGUGUCUUUUGAUCAGGAAUCCUAGUCUAUUGUGGUAUGGUGCCAUAUUGUAGGACACACAAGCUGAAUUUCUUUGGCUUCUUCCUCAGCAAGAGGCCUAGAUCCUACCUGUCAAGGCCUCUGGUCUGCUCUUACACCACGCCCCUCUUCAGCUCCUGACAUGACUCAGUUGCUCUGUAGGGCCCCCUCUCCAUCCUGGAGUGAACAUGGUCAAGCAACACUUGAGAGUGAAACUGGGGGUGGAAGAGCCUCAUGAAGCUCCAGGCACCAUCCCACAGUUGGUUGUUUCUGUGCUGAGUGUUUGAGGCCUGUGUCACCAAGCAGCCCUCACUGGCACUUUCCAGUGGAACAGGAGGGCACAUUUUGAUGCCAGUCCGGGCAGGAAAACAUGCUUUGGUAAAAGUUCAUCAACAACCCAGGGUGACUGGAUUUGCUUAGUAUUCCAGCCAAGGGCAGAAUUCAGUCCCAAAGGAUUCAGGUGCUUGCUUGGACCCCAUGGCUGUUUCAGCUUUAUAGUUUGGCUCAGUUGGAGAGUUGCUGACAAGCUGAUUCCUACCUGGUGCAGUAAAAGUGACCCUGUCUUCAAAGCCCUCAAUUACCUCUCAGUUCCUGCUAACUAGCCCUUUGCCUAUCAUUCAAGGCACUGCUAUGAGGCCAAGAUAGAUGAGAGCCAGGAGCCAGUGCUCUGUAGAUUACAACCUGCCACCCAGGCGUGGCCCUGCUUUUGCAGGGGCGUGACCCAAGCUCACAUAGUAAGUUUGCUGUGGAAUGAGGCCUCUGCCCACCAGUUUCUGUCUCUUGCCCAGCUUCUCCUGGUUCAAUGUCAGGUGCAAUGACAAGCAGCCAGUAUGGCCUUGGCAACCGACACUGGGGGUGAGGAGAAAUGAAGGUGUUGUCUAUGAUGGGUCCCCAAAACCAGAACCCAGAAGACAUGGAUGUUGUCAGUGACUGGGGGAGGGGCAUACUGGACACUCCAGUGCCUGGAUUCACCCACCUCUCAAACCCUACAGAAAUCAAAAAGCCUGGGCUCUGACCACAGGUCAGGGAACUAAAUCCAUCAUUGCACCUCCCAAGAAAUCCAAGGGUGAGAUGGGAUAGAUGUUGACUAUUUGUCUUCUCAACAAAAGGCCCCAUCCAGGAUCAGCAGAGAUACCACAGCUCCUUGGAGACCCUGGUGAACAUCUGGGCCUCUUGCCCUGAGAGCUAAGUGCUGGCUAAUCCACUUCCAGUAGCUUCUGUGGCCCAGAGGGGCAACUCUUUCCCACCAGUGACUAAGGCCUGGGUGUGCAGCUCCCAUCCAUCAGAGAGGGGUUAGGUUCCAACCUUGAACUCCUAUAGGGUCUCCUGAAUACAGGCCUGUGCCUGUUCUGAUACUACUCUUUAAACUUAAGGACCAAAUGAGACUCCUCUGAUUUUUAUUCACACAGCCUGCCUUGGGUCUGGUCCAGGCGGCUCCAUCACUUCUGCCCUCCUGACCUGAAGCAGCCUACCCAUGGGGUAGAUCCUCACCUCUGCCACCCCCAUGGACACUAGCUUUAAAGGGAGGCCUGUGGAAGGGGGGAACACCCUCCCUCAACAUUCCCAACUUGUUACCCCCAAAGGGAAGUCAAAGCACAGGUCCUUGGGACCCACAAUCUGCAGAUACUCUUGACACUGUUUUCCCAGUCGGGUACUGUGGACCUCCUGGUAUUCCACAUAGCCCUGUCAGGGGCUGCUGCCACAGGAAGAAGGGGAAAGGGGCAAAGGCUGAGCCUCCCGCCCUCCCCUCAUUCCCAUUUCUGCCAGAACAGCCCUGCUUUUAUCUCUCUAUUGAGGUUUCACUUUUAAACUCUGUUUUGAAGAAAAACUUCAAACCACCAUUCUGAGGUUUGAUCUUAGACCAGCAAGCACAGGUUCCAUUCUUGCUUUCUGUGUUGGAAUGGCUCUAGCAUCCCAAUACAAAGUGUUUUGUAUUGGAACUCAGGUCACCAGGUCCAAACAUCUGUACAUACACAUGCACACAUACACUUGGCUUUCUAGCUGACCCACCCUGAAGUUCUGGCUGGAGUUUGAUGUGGGCAGGGUCUGGUGCUCAGUAGGGUAGGGUUUGACCCUGAUUUUGGCCUGUGCAGCAUAGGGGUCCAUGGAACGAGGAAAAAGGCCCCAAUCUCCACUCAGGACUUGUUCCCAACUAAAGCCUGUGACUCAACAGGAGGAGCUGGGCAAAGGGGGAAGAAGCCAGAAAUGGGUUGUUCUUUACAUACAACCAAGAGAUGGAAACCCAGGUUCACACAAAAGAUACACAAGGGUGGGCUUUUAUGCCUAAAGUCCCUCCCUUGAAGGCAGGAAACCUGAGACAUUUUAAGCAGCAAGUCUUCCUUGAAUAAAUCUACUAGGACUCCACUUCCACAUCCAUGGCCAUCUCUCUGCACAACAGGAGGCUCUUGUGCCCAAAGUGAGGUUGGUCCUCCAACUGCCUGCUGGCCUGCCCUGUCAUGGGUGAGAUUCGGGCCAUCCUUUGGCACAAAGUCCUGCCAGGGCCCACCUCCUAGGGCUUUCUAGGUGAGAAAAUGGAAGCUCAGGGCUCUGCCAAUCACAUGGCAUGGAAAAAAGAGUGCCAACUGGUAUUUUAGGUUCUGUCCAAGUGUGCCUAGGAAACCCCCACCGACCUCAGGUUCCCUAGGUAUAAAAGGCUGGUGCCAGGCUCCACCCACCUCACAGAGACCACUGCAGCCAUCAUAGGGGUUGCAGGUAGGAAAAGAGGUCAUAUGAGGUAGCAGCAUAAGGGAGGGGGGCGGUAAGGUCCUGGCCUGGCUUGCUGACCUGUGGAGCCUCGGGUGGAACGAAUGCAGGAUGUGUGUCUUCCUGGACAUCUCAGCUCAUUGUUAAGGUCCAGCAGCAGAUGCUUCAGGGCUGCCUCCUCCUAGGGAGUGGGAGCUGGUAUGAAUCCUGGGUGUGGUGGGGAAGGGUGGCUGGGGCGGUCUCAUUCCUGGACCACAUCCAGGUUAACCUGUUGUACCUGUGGCAUUCCUUAUUCUGUGAAGUCAUUAUAGUGUAUUCAACUCCAACAGGACAAAUGCGCAAAAGAACCACAAACAGGAGGCCAUUAAAGGCCUUUUGUGACAGGACAAUGGCUGUGCUUUCAUUUCUUGUUUCCUAAGUCCUAGCAGUGCAAAGACCAAGAAGUGUCCUCCCUAACCUGGGCUGGUCUCAG